AUGUCUACCAUCGUGGUCGAACGCAAGACUAGGGACCUCAACGCUGAGCUGUCUAGCGACAGUGCAAUCGGUGGUGAAGUCCACUCCGCGCAUGGCGAUUCAACGACUGUCAAAAUGGAGGCCGACACUGAGAUCAAAGGUGCUCCCCCUGUGUACAAUACUGACGACGCCUACGAUGAGGAUGGAACCAGACACGACAUGGUCAUCGUCACAGGCGCUGAUGCUGCCAAGCACCUCCUGCCCUUGCGAGAUGAUGGCCAGCCAUCGCUGACCUUUCGAAGCAUCUUCCUGGCCACGAUCCUCUCAGGGUUUCAAGCUGUCAUGUCUCAAAUUUAUGAGUUCAAACCGACCUAUGUUAGCAUUCAAGGAACGUUUAUCGUCAUUAUCGCCUACUUCCUUGGUAACGCCUGGGCCAGAUUCCUCCCUCGCGGUGAUCGAUUCGAAGCGCGAUGGAGAAGCAAAGGAGGCCAAGGUGAAUUGCCACUGUGGAUCAAGAUCGUCUCCUUUCUCAACUACGGGCCUUGGAAUCUGAAAGAGCACGCCGUAUGCGCCAUCACUGCCAACUCUGCGUCGAACGGAAUGGCGAGUGCCAUCGUAUUCGCAGCGCAAAAUCUUUUCUACGAUCUGCCUAUAAGUACAGUAACCGUGAUUCUGAGUACUCUCUCGAUCGGUUUGUUUGGCUACGGUAUGGCAGGCAUCAUCCGUCCUAUUGCUGUGUGGCACGUGGAGUCGGUCUUUUGGGGCACUCUUCCAAUAGUCAAGGUUCUUCAAGGACUCCAUUGGCAAGAGGUUAAAAACUCCAAACCUCUUCGCUAUUUCUGGUAUGCUUUUACGGGAAUGUUCGCAUUUGAGUGGUUCCCUGCAUAUAUUUGGCCGUGGCUCAACUCUGUGUCUAUCCCAUGUCUAGCUUCCAUGCAUGCUACUGGAGACACAGCAGCGGUACUCACCACUAUCUUUGGCGGUGCCCUUCCCAAUGAGGGACUCGGCCUUUUCAAUGUUGGAUUCGACUGGCAAUAUAUCACUUCUUUCCAGACAUCGCUCCCUUUGAAGUUCCAAAUAAAUUCAGCCUUUGGCUAUUUGGUGUGCUAUAUUGUCAUGAUUGCGAUAUACUACGGAAAUGCCUGGGGUUCAAAGUCACUACCGUUCAUGUCUUCUCGUCUUCUCACAGCUAGCGGCAAAACUUACCCUGUUUCCAAAGUCUUCAAUCACGGCGUACUCGACCAAGAUGCGCUGGCAACUCAUGGAAUUCCUAGGCUUACAGGAACAUUUGCGUAUGGAAUGUUCAUGGCAAAUGCAGCUAUUGGGGCUAUGAUUGCACAUUGUAUCCUCUUCUGGGGCAAGGAUGUCCUUAAAGCGUACAAGAGCACGAGACAAGGACACUCCGACGAUCGCCAUCAUCAGUACAUGGCAAAGCAUUACAAGGAAACGCCUUCAUGGUGGUACGGUGCCGUUAUUGUUAUCAGUUUCAUUCUUGGUCUCGUUGUUUCUCUCAAGGAGGACAUUACCCUACCGGUUUGGGCCUACAUUGUCUCGUUGAUCCUGGGAAUUAUAAUCGGACCCUUUAGCACUAUUUUGUAUGCGCGAUUUGGAAACGGUAUCGCUACAAACAAUUUGUCAAAGUUGGUCGCUGGUCUUUUGGUCCCUGGACGUCCGGUUGGCAACAUGUACUUUGCUGCUUGGUCGCACAAUGUCAUAAACAACACUGUCAAUCUCUGUAAUGACUUGAAGAUGGGCGAAUACCUCAAAAUUCCUCCUCGUGUCAUGUUCAUCACCCAGAUAUAUGGUACGGUCUUGGGUGCUUUCGUCAAUUAUGCUGUCAUGAUUGCCAUCGUGACUGGAAACCGCGAGCUUCUUGUUGACGGAAAUGGCGAUGCCUCCUGGAGCGGUGCGACUAUCCAAGCGUACAACACCAACGCCGCCUCAUGGGCUUUGGCAAAAUACCUUUACAAAUCCGGUACUACAUAUUCAAUCGUCCCUAUUGGUCUCGCAAUUGGCGCGGGAUGCGUCGUUGUCCAUCGUGUUGUGGUAUACUUCAUGCCCAAAAUCCGAGGCUUCUCGCUCUCAGAUUUCAACUUCCCUCAAUUCAUACAGUAUGCAGGAUUCAUUCCAUACAACUCACCGCAAACCUGUGUCAUCUUCAACCAAGUUGCCGCCGGCUUCUUCGUUCAGUACUACCUUCGCAACUACCAUCCGCGCAUUUUCAAAGACUAUUCGUACCUGAUAGCGGGUGCUUUCGACGGUGCAAGUCUGCUGGUGCUGUUCAUUUUGUCGUUUGCUGUGUUUGGCGCUGGUGGUCCGUCCGUGCCGUUUCCGGCUUGGUGGGGGAACAACAUUAAUGGAAACUAUGACUUCUGUCCAGUGAGCGAUUGA